UAAUAUUGUUAUGAUGACAUUAAUGUGUCGAAGAUAGAGCUGUCUAGAGGCAGCAUAUGAAGUAGGUGGAUGGAUGGAGCGAGCCUUUGUCAGCGGUGGUACCAAAAUACAUUUCAAAGAACCCUCAGAAAUAUAGGGGUUCAGCCUGUUUUUAUAAAAAUAUACUAAUCCACAUAGUAGGAACUCAAAUCGUUUCCUACCGAUAAACCUACUUAGUAAACAAAAUUAUCAGUUUAACUCCAUGACAAUGGAUGCUAAAAAACUUCACACAGUAAAUAUACCUAUCUGUGCAUACUCCUCUAAACAAAUUGAAACGAGGAUCAAAUAUUCAAAUACGUUUAUUGUAUUCAAACAUUGUAAGUGGAACAUAAUGUUGAUGACAAGAUAUGACCGAAAACAAGAGAUCCCAGAGAAACACGUCAGCAUGCAUCACACGGCGAGCGCCUGCAAUGUGAGCGACAAAGUAAUCGCGGCCAGCUCAUCGCAGAGCAUAUUCCAACAUUACGACCAGAAUAACUAAACAAUUAAACAAAAAACUUCAGAACAAUAAAGAAAUAAAAACGAAACGGAAUCCACGACGCGAAUAACAAACAUAAUUGUGUUUUUUGUGCUUCAUUCAAUACACUCUUUGUCCGUACAAAAAAACUGGUUCUCAAAAAAGUCACCUUUAUAAAUUAAGUUUCAGCAUUCCCUAACCAAUCAAUUGGCAGAGGCGGGGUCUCGCGGCGCUGUCAUUGGCGGAGCCGAGCCUCUCAUCUUACAACAUUUUAUAUAACCGGAUGAUACAACAUAUACAGUUAACACUACAGUGGGACAGGGACGGCGAUAUACGUUUGAAUACAGUGUGUCGUUUCGCUCUCGUUCCGUCUCUGUCGCGCGUCGCGGCAGCAACUGUUCGGUUCAAAAUGAAUCAACAGUGUUCGAAACAACUCGGCGGAGUGCGUCGCUUUAACUGUAACGUUCGCGUUCCAAAUUCGGAGAGAGCUUUUUUGAAAUUUUGAAUUUUGAAUUUGGAUUUGAUUUAAAAUUCGAGUGUUUUGUUUUUAAAGAAUGUUAGUGUUGUGUUGUUAGGGUUGGGACUUUGUUUUCGGGCACUCAGUGAAGUUGAUGGAGAUGUCCCUGCCCAACGGCGUGGACGUGUCGCAGCUGGUGCAGCACCCCGUGCUGGCCGCGCUGCCGCCCUUCUUCCUCAGGGCCUCCGAGCGAUACCAGCGGACGCCGAAGUGCGCGCGCUGCCGCAACCACGGCGUGGUGUCCGCGCUGAAGGGCCACAAGCGGUACUGCCGCUGGCGGGACUGCGUCUGCGCCAAGUGCACGCUCAUAGCAGAACGACAGCGGGUCAUGGCUGCACAGGUGGCGCUGCGGCGGCAGCAGGCGCAGGAGGAGAACGAGGCGCGCGAGCUGAACCUGCUGUACGCGAGCCAGACGCCCGCGCCGCACCACUACUCCGACAUGAACGAUGACGCGCCAGUUCAAAAGCGCGCGCGGAUCACAGAAGUGUGCUCCAGCCCGUCGCCGCCGACGGAGUCCCAGCAGGAGGCCAAGACCCCCGCCGCCACACCCCCGCUCGCCACCCCGCCCCCGCGCUCGCCCUCCGACCACGAGCUCAACGUGGAGGAGGAACUCGAAGACACGGAGCCCUCGCUCACACCAGAGAACCUCUCGAUGAAGGAGCAGAGAGAAGAGAUCCCCGUCAAAAAGGAGGAAGACGACAAAUGGGAUAACCCCGACUUUAAAUACAAAAUGUUCAGACGAGAGCGAAAAGAAACCGUGGAGACUGUUACUGAAGACCCUUCCCCGUACCAGAAAUCACCAGUCGAUGUGCUGAUAAAGGUCUUCCCACGACGCAGUCGGCAGGAGAUCGAGGGGAUCCUCACGAGGUGCAAAGGUGACGUGGUAGCGGCCAUGGAGAUGAUGAUCAAUGGAGAACAUUCCCAGUACCAGGUGGCUCAGGAAUCUCCACCUUACAUGCAGUAUCAAUCAAAAUCCGCGUUCUCUCCUUUAUCAAACCAAAGCUUCAAGUUCUCUCCGUCGCGACGGUUUCUGACGCCGCCGUACAGUGGUACGGGGUACCUGCCGACGGUGAUUCGUCCUCCGCCGGAGUACCUGUCCUCGUUCAUGCCGCCUACGGAGCUGAUGUACGGCAGACAGCUGCAGGUCCCCUCACCAGGCACCUCUCCCACGUCAGACAACACGAACAACGAAGGGUUCUCCGAUUAGUACCUGAAGUACUGGACAGUGCUGUAGAGCGGACUGUUACGUGACUCACGUGAUUGUGAUUGCAGUG